AUGUCGGGAAGAGACGACAAGAAGCCCACCGUCCCGAAAUUCUCAUCCUUCAAGCCUAAACCCGCCGAGCCGACCCCCGCGCCAGCGUCUUCCAAAACCAAAGAGGAUGAUGUAAAACGGCCUAGCCAUCGCCCUAGCAAGCAUCACCGCCAUCACCACCGUAGCCAUCGCCAUGGAGACAAAAGGUCGAGAACCACAUCAAGGAGCCCGAGUCCUAAGAGGGCCAGGACUAGGGAGAGGUCCGAAGGUCCGACGACCAGGGAGCCGGAAGUGAGACGGAGAGACGAUCUUGACGGCGGCCGUUCUCACGCCGCCCAGCAACAACCAACCAAGGACUUGGGUUCGGAUUUCUUCAUCAUCGAUAAGCGGGGGGAUCCCAUGGUUCGGAAAUUCGGCGUUGACAGGUACAAGCUGCUACAGUUCCGUCGUCCGAACCGCGAGGCUGUUUUGGGUUCCGACGGGUAUCUGUACAUUCACCGCGAUGGACCUCUUGAGCAGUUUAGCAUUCGUCGGCCCGGGGAGUUUUACGGCGUUUCGUUGCGUGAUAAGAAUGCUUUCAGGACUAGGCUGCGUCAGGUCCAGCCGCGGAUGCUCAGGGCGAGUAAGAGAGCGGUGGCUGAGGCUGAUGGGCCUAGUGAAGACUUCAUUUCUCUUAGGCCUCCGAAGAGGAAGAAGAGAGGUGGGAGAGAAUCAGAGGAGGAUGAAUGCGAACAUGGACCCGAUUACAGGUCCAUAGAAGGGAAAGCGAAGGCCGCUGGCGCAUCAGGCGGCGAUACCGAAUUAGAAUCAUCAGCCGAGGAGGAGGAGGAGGAGGAGGACACGGUAGUGGAACUUGAUCCUCUCAAGGAGAGGUCAAUCGAGCUCACUCGUCGAGUAAAGGACAAGCCGGACGACAUCCCCGCCUGGAUAGAGCUCAUAAAUCACCAAGACCUUCUCAUGAAGGCCGGUGGGAGUGGCCAAGACAUCCCAAUCGAUGAGGUAAAGAGCUUCGCGGAGAUCAAACUUUCCAUGUACGAAAAAGCAUUGGCCCAGGUUAAGAAUCCCUUCCAAAAGGAACAGCUACUCGUAGGCCAGGUGCGAGAAGGCGCCAAGGUCUGGGAUGUGCCUGUGCAGGAUGCGCAUUGGAAGAAGAUCCAGAAGGAGGUGGAUGGCAGCUUUCUGCUCUGGAGAUUAUAUCUCGAUUAUAAGCUCUCGAACAUCGCGUCCUUCCAGUACGGUACGGUCAAGAAGAUUUUUCUUGACCGUUUAGCGCUGCUAAGUGGGAAAGUCGCAGAGGAGGUUAUAAGGGUUAAACAGAAGGCACUCUACAGCGAGCUCAUCUACGUUUUCUUACGAGCUACGAGAUUCUUCUAUGAUUGCGGCUACAGAGAACUGUCUGUGGCAGCUUGGCAGGCGCUCCUCGAGUUGAAUCUAAGAGGUCCCGAGUUUCCUAACCCUUCCGGCCCCGUUCCUGAAAGUUUUCAGACAUUUUGGGAGUCGGAGGUUCCGAGGCUAGGUGAACCAGAUGCCAGGGGAUGGAAUUAUUUCAUCACCACGAACGGCGACGACUCGAAUGUUCCCGAGCCCGCGGCACCCGACCCUGGUCCACAGGGGACUCCAUCCAGAGAUGCCUACAAGGCUUGGGCAGUGGAGGAGCUGUACAGAUCGAGGAGGUCGAGAAUGCCCGCCCGGACGCUAGACGAAGAUAAUUUGGAGGAUCCCUUUAGGCUUAUCAUGUACUCCGACUUGGAGGGAUUACCCUUUAUCAUCCCUGGUAAUCUUCUGGCUGAGCUCAAGGGGGAGCUCCUGGAUGCAUACCUUACAUUUUGCGAGUUUCCGCCCCUCUCGUCCAAGAGAGCUUGGAAGACCGAUGCCCAUCUCUCACAGAGGGAUUUCGCUUUCGAGCACCUGGUAUCCCAUGCCGAGCCUCGAAAGUACCCCGAGGGAGACGACUCAACUACAAGAUCACCGCCAGAAUUCCUCAAGAAAGCCAUAACGGCGGCAGUCGCACCCAAGCACAUUUGCUCGCUUCUUCAUUCGUUUAAAGGCGUUAAUAAGGACGAGCUCCCGGUUGAGUUUUCGUGGGUACUGUUGACGCUGAAAACGCUCGUGGUGGCGGGCUACGAGGAGUUGGCAGGAUAUUGUCUGGCACUGGAGUGGAUCGCGGACGCAGGCUCGGUUAGAAAAGCCGCGAGAACCCUCAUCAAGCAGUAUUCACAGAACAUCGGGCUUUAUAACUUAUACGGACUCUUCGAGUGGGCCAACGGCAACUUUGAUUUGGCGAAAAAGGUCCUAUCCUCAGCCACCCAGCUUAGCCAGCCCACAGGUUUGGAAUCCACGCGCCAGCUCUGGUUCACAUGGGCUUGGAUCGAAUUCAUGAAUGAGGCUGAGACAUCUACCGUGUUGAGCCGGUUAUGCCUCAUCCCUGACGAGGGGGAUUCAAAUCUUCCUCUAACAUUUGUGCUGAAGAAGAAGCAGGAGCUCAGGAUGGAAUCUGAGAAUGCGUUUGUUCGGGAUGACAUUUAUGGGUUCGUCGUCAACGCCAAGCUUCUCGCACUCGCCGAAUACCUCUCCUCAGAUGCUAGUUCAGAACCAAAGUCUGAGAAACAAGGGAGCAUUUCUGCGGCGAUGGAUAUCAUCUGGAAGCACUCGGAGAGGCUCCUGAUUCAUGGCCACGGGGAAUGCUCUCAGCAUGAAGAGCUCCUCGAGUUCGCCUCGAUGCUUUUGUAUCGCCACACGACUAUGGGGCCAUAUCGGCGAGUGUAUCUUAGCGACCAAUUCAGACGGUGCAUCCAACUCUUCCCAACCAACGUCAACUUCCUCGCGCUCUUCGACUGGGUCGCCUCUACCCUCCGCAUCGACGACGAAUUCCGCAACGUUCUCAAUGACCAAGUCCUCAUUGGAAACCAAGACAGCAUAGCUCUCCGCGUGUGCGCCAUCACCCACGAACUUGGCGCUAGCGGCUCGACGUACUCUGCGGCAGCCGCCUUUUCACGGGCACUCUUUGACACCAGUGAAGCGGUCGGUUCGUCAUCGAGCGCGUGGUUGUGGAUGUGCUACGUCCGCUUCUGCCGGGCGCGGGCGGAGGGUUUGCCGAGGGACUCGGCGAAGCGGGCGUAUUACCGCGGGGUUGGGCGGUGUCCGUGGGCCAAGGGCCUGGCUAUGGAAGUAUUUACGACGCUGGUGAGGGGGAUGACCUCGGCGGAGCUGAAGGCGGGGUAUAGUUCUAUGGAGGUGAAGGGGUUGAGGAUUCAUGUUGGUAUGGAGGAGUUUAUGGAGAGGAGGAAGGUGGAGAAGGAGAAGGAAAGGGAGAGGCAGAGACACAGGGAGAAGGGCCGUUGA